AUGAUAUUACAGAUAAUAGUAUAUAUAAUAAUUUUUUAUCUUGCUCAUAAUACAAUUAAAAAAUAUAGAAAAAUUCAUCCAAAUGAAGUCCCAGGACCAACACCAAUCCCAAUUUUAGGUAACCUUCAUCAGUUGAUAAGUAAAAAGCCUCAUGUGGAUUUAACAAAUAUGUCAAAAAAGUAUGGUCCAUUAACAAGAAUUUGGUUAGCCGAUUUAUACACAGUAAUUAUUUCAGAUCCAAAUUUAAUUAGAGAAGUUUAUGUAGAUAAUUUUGAUAAUUUUAUGAAUAGACCUAAAAUUCCUUCAAUAGAACAGUCAACUGAUUUUCAUGGUACUAUUAGCUCGAGUGAUAAUGAUUGGAAAAGAAAUAGAGAAAUUGUUUCAGUUGCAUUAAGAAAAACCAAUAUUAAACAUAUUUAUCAACUAUUGGAUUACCAAGUUGAUGUUUUAAUAGAGUCAAUGAAAUCAAUAGAAAAGGCAGGUGAAGCAUUUGAUCCAAGAUAUUAUUUAACACGUUUUACAAUGUCUGCAAUGUACAAAUUAAUCUAUAACAAGGAUGUUCCAAAAGAUGAAGAUAUCAAUAAUGGUGAAAUCAAAGACUUAAUGAAACCUUUACAACAAAUUUUUAUAGACUCUGGUAAAGGUUCAAUUUUUGACGUAUUAGAAAUAGGUAGACCAUUUUACAAGCUUUAUUUGAAAUAUAUCAAUAAAAACUUCAUUAAAAUGUUGGAUUAUUCAAGAGGUAAAUUCAAAGAACACCUUAAAGACUAUAACCCAGAGGUUCAAAGAGAUCUUUUAGAUAUUUUAAUCAAAGAGUAUGGCCAUGAAAACGAAGACGAUAUCUUAUGGGUUCUAUCAACGGUAACAGGGCUUUUCUUAGCUGGGGUUGAUACCUCUAGUACAGGUUUGGAAAUAAUGCUAUUAUUAUUAAUCAACUACCCAGAAAUUCAAGAAAAAGCAUAUCAAGAAAUUAAAAGUGUAAUGAAAGACAGAUCAAAAGUGUUGUUAUCAGAUAGACAAUCAAUGCCAUUUGUUGUUGCUGUAUUAAAGGAAUCAAUUAGAUACUUACCUAUUUCUCCAUUUGGUUUACCAAGAACUACCAGAAAUGAUAUGGUUAUCGGUGGAAAGUUCAUACCACGUGAUUCUCAAAUUUUAAUCAACUACCAUGCUUUAAGUGUUAAUGAAGAGUACUGGGAAAAUCCAAGUGAGUUUAAUCCACUUAGAUUCUUAAAAUCCGAUUCUAAUCCAGCAUAUAUUCCUUUUUCAAUUGGAAAUAGAAAUUGCGUGGGUGCAAAUUUCGCCAACGAUGAAAUGUUUCUUGCUUUGUCAAAUAUGAUUUUAAAUUUCAAAUUCAAAUCAAUAGAUGGUAAGCCAAUUGAUGAAACUCAAUGCUAUGGCUUAUCAUUAAAACCAAACCCAUUUAAAAUUAUUUUAGAAUCUAGAACAUAA